AUGGCUUAUAUAAAUGCUAUCGGUUGUAGUGAAGGUCUCUCAAAUUCUAGACCUCCUCUAUUUAAUGGCACAAAGUUUGCUACUUGGAAAACAAGAUUUAGAAUAUAUGCAAGAUCUCAAGGAGUCAAAGUUUGGAUGGCCAUAGAAGAUGGUACUAUUAUACCGACUAAAAUAGUCGACGAUACCAUCAUCGAAAAGAAAGUAAGUGAAUACACUCACGAAGAAGAAGAUAGAAUGAAUAUCGCAGCAAAAGCGGAAAUGGUUCUCAUAAGUGCACUUGCGGAAAAAGAAUAUAAACGAGUAAACAAUUGCAAGUCGGCACAAGAAAUGUGGAACAAAUUAGUGGUAACCUAUGAAGGUACUACCGAUAUAAAAGAUUCUCGAAUGGACACAUUGAUCCAAGAAUACGAAAACUUUAAACUCCAAGAUGGAGAAAAUAUCAUCGAUAUGGAAACAAGAUUUACUCGAAUAAUCGAUGAACUAUCUCAACUCGGAAAGAAUUAUACUCAAAAUGAAAAGAAUCGUAGAGUUCUUAAAUCUCUACCUCCGAGUUGGAAAGUGAAAGUCACUACUAUUAAAGAGAUGCACAAUCUCAAUGACUAUCACAUUGAUAACUUAUUCGGAAACCUUCGUGCUUACGAAGAAGAUAAUAUUCCGGAUGUUGUCGUUCCCAAAGUGGAAGACAAGAAGAAAAAUAUGGCACUAAAGGCUAUAUUAAUCGACGAAGAUGAAAAUGAUGAAGAAUUGAAUGAAGAACUUCAAAAUCUCGAUGAAAGCGAAAUCGCUCUACUCACGAGACAACUUCAUCGUGUGCUUCAAAGCAAAGCACAAAGGUAUGGAAAAGGCUUCCUAAAAUCGAAUAAUCAACAAAGAGUAUUUAACUCUAAUGGAAGGCCUAAUUACUCUCAAAAUUAUUCUCCGAACUACAAGAGUAAUUUUCCUACCAACUCAGGCUAUAACAAAGGAAGGAUUCUCGUGGCCGAAAACGGUUGGGAUUUAAGUGAAGAUGAGGAAUCUCCCGAAACAAGUGAAGAAGUGGUUAAUCUAUGUUUGAUGGCAAUUGAAGAUGCUUCUACAUCAACGGAUCCUUCCACUACUAACCAAGAGGUAAGUAUUUCUUCACCAACUUUAGUUGAUAUUCCUCUUAUUAAACUCUCUAGUUUAAAUUUGUCAAAAAUGGAAAAGGAUGAAUUGAUCAAGGUGCUAGUUGAAAUGAAUACUCGAUAUGAUUAUCUUGAUCAAUUAUUUUUAUCUACUUGGUCCGAGAAAGAAAAACUUGAAGAUUUAUAUCAAACUCAACAAAAAGAGUUUUCUCGGAUAAAGGAAUCAAAAAUUAAACUUGAAGAAGAAAUGGUAUCUCUUCAAGAUUCCUUUAAUCUUGAUAACAACAAGACCAAGAAUGAAAUUACAAAGUUGGAAAUUGAAAAUAUUUCCUUGUUGUUGCAAACAAAAGAAAUGGAAGAUGAGAAGCUUAAAUUAAAUGAAAACCUUGGAAAGCUUCAUGUUGAUUUGUUAAAUCUUAAAAUAUUAAAUGAAUCAAUGACUCAAGAAAAAUCAACUACGAGUUAUCAAAAAGAUAAACUCGAAAAAGAAUUUGCUCAUGUCCUUGAAGUCAAAGAUAAAGAGUUCAAAAUAGAAACUCAAAAACUCAAGGAUGUUCAUUCCAACAUCUUAGCACAAUACAUAGAUCAAGAAAGAAUUCUUAAUGCUAAGAUUGAUGCCUUAAUUAAUGAUAAAGAAGAUCUUGAACGAACGAUUCAAAGAUUCACAAAAGGCAAUGAAAUGUUAGAUAAAAUGUGUUAG